AUGCAAGCUUUGGAGCUUGUGGCAGGUGCUGCUGUGGCCAAGUGUGUGGCAUAUUGGGCCUGUGCUCACGGCGGCCUCGUGGGCGGAAUCUUCUUUCCGCUCCUCUACUACGGUCUGACUCUCGGAGAGGUUUGUGCGAAAGUCUUCAACAUUAGCCGGGCAGUGGCUGUACCAGUGAUGCUGGGUGCAGUGCCUGGCGCGCUGCUCCCUGCACCGCUUACGGCGCUGUCCUUUCCUGUGGGGCUCUUCGUCACAGGACCGGUGCAGACUGUGCCCAUCCUGGUUGCCAUCGUCACGGCCUCCAUGCUCCUGGUGGGCAGCGGCUUUCUCGAGAAGCUCAUGGUGAAGAGGGCCUAA